GCGGAGUCGAGUGAAAAGAUAGCUACUCAUUGUUGUGUCAAUCAGCAAUCUCCAACCUCUUCCUUUCAGCCUUUUUUUGUGAAGUUUGAGCCUAUCCUCUCCUAUUUGUCUUCAUCGCAAGAUGUCUUUGCCAAGUGGUUGGGUUGAGAAGGUGUCCCGUGAAACGGGCAAGACCUAUUUCCUGAACACGCUCACCAAUGCCAGCCAAUGGGACAAACCUGAGGAAGACGCCAAGGAUGGAGUUCGUGCGUCUCACCUUCUCGUAAAGCACGUCGAGUCCAGGAGGCCAUCGUCAUGGAGAGAGGAGACGAUCACGCGGACGAAAGACCAAGCCCUGGAAAUUUUGAAAGGGUACCGUGCGCGUAUCGAGAGCGGUGAUAUCAAGUUUGCCGACCUGGCGUCAACAGAGAGCGACUGCAGCAGUGCCAAGCGUGGCGGCGACUUGGGAUUCUUUGGACGCGGGGCCAUGCAGAAGCCUUUCGAGGAGGCCACGUACCGCCUGCGUGUUGGUCAGCUGAGCGAACCGGUCUUCACCGACUCUGGCAUCCACAUUAUUCUGAGAACCGGCUGAGCUGUGUGGGCUGGCGCCCCCCGAGGUACUGACUGAUUUCGACCGAUGUGAAUGCUGAAUUGAGAACAUGUGCGCACCUGUCCUGCCAUGCGCUCGGUGUAUUGGAAUGGUGUUGUGUGAUGUGAACUACCCCGAGAGCUGCUACCAUUACAGAGUGUGCUGUGGCAACGUACCUACCUACCCCACUCUUCAUAGACAUUUUUCUGCUACAUGCACGCUUACAUGCACACUUGCUGGCCUACCGGAAUGCACAUGUGAUUUCAUUUUUGUUUUUUUUGUUUUGUUUUUUUUCUAGGCUCAUAACGAUGUUUUUUGUUUGAUUUUGUUUUCCGACAGCAGACAACUGCAGUGUGGACUAGCUUGCAUGUCCCGGAUAUGGUCAUGCAAUUACAUGUGUCUGUUUUUACUACUGCACUGUCCAGGUGAGACUAACAUUGUGUGGCAAGUGCGCUGGUUGAAGAAUGGCGCUUUCUUUUUUUCCCUAGUUUGCAGCACUAUUGGUUUCCUGUGCCAUUUUUCGUGUAUGCAUGAUUGGUUGAGCUUUUGUCUGCUUCUGCGCGCGCGUGUGUGUGUGUGUGUUUGGGUGUGUGUCUGUGUGUGUCUGGGUGUGUGUGUGUGUCUAUGUGUGUCUGGGUGUGUGUGUGUGUGUGUUGGGGUUACCUUGCCCUUUGGCUUUGUGUAUGGGUCGCGUGUCACUCAUGCGUCGGUUCUGCCAUUCCGCUGUCAUCUGUGUGCCUAUGCGUGUGCAUUCUUAGAAAGUCUGCAUUUUGGCAAUCUCCUUCCAGUGCUUAUGCAGCGCCAUUUGCUAUUCCUGUGCCUCGCCAUCUGCUCUUGACUAUGCUCACAUCGUAUAUACUUCUGCUUUGUGAGUCUGGCGCUAUUUUUUUCUGGCUUUCUUCCAUCUGCAUCUUGCAUGCGCAGACGAGCCCAGUCGCACUGCGGGCGCAUGCACCCUGGUUUCGUUUGUGAACGUCGAGAUACCAUGG